AGAGGUCACUGUGCAUCUCUAUCAAUGGGUGACGUAGGCGUGACGUACCAGGAAGUGUGUUGUAGAGAGACAACAACAGUGCAGCAGGCUAAUUCAAGUGUUACCUGCUAUAUGCCAAUAACAGAAACACAUGUAUGAUGACUCUUCAGCAAUAUCUGAAAUUAUUCCUCUAGAAACGCUGCUGUGUGGAGUUAGCACCAAGAAGGCCGAACAAGUUUAUUAUCAUUCACUCGGGACACUUGGGAAGACGGUGACAUUUCCAAGCCUUUCUGAUGUCCUCUGGCUGUCCACCCCAGUCGCCAGCCGUGGCGAAGUCUGAGGUAGCCGUAGAUGGAGAAUGCCCGCUGCUGGCUGCCACCUUUGCCUACUGGGACAACAUCCUGGGCCCGCGGGUGCGCCACAUCUGGACGCCGAAGGGAGACCAGCUGAUGUUCCUCAGCGAUGGAGAGGUCACGUUUUUGGCCAAUCACACACUCAACGGGGAGAUUCUACGUAGCGCAGAGUGUGGUGCCGUGGACGUGAAGUUCUUCGUCCUAGCAGAAAAGGGCGUCAUCAUUGUGUCGCUCAUUUUUGAUGGCGAGCUGAAGGGGGACAAGAACACAUGUGCCUUGUCCAUUAUCCUGCCUCAGACGGAGCUGGCCUUCUACCUGCCUCUGCACACCAUCUGCGUGGAGAGGCUAAAGCACGUUAUCCGCAAGGGACGCAUUUGGAUGCAGAAGGGCUACAACAUCAUCUCGGUGCUGAGCUUGGAGAUCGUCCCUAUCAUGGAGCUGUUGGCCUCUAUGAAGACACACAGUGUGCCAGAAGAUAUCGAUAUAAAAGACACCGUGCUAAAUGAUGAUGACAUCGGGGACAGCUGCCGAGAGGAUUUCCUCCACAAGGCCAUCAGCUCUCAUCUGCAGACUUGCGGCUGUUCAAUAGUGGUUGGAAGCAACCCAGAGAAAGUAAAUAAGAUUGUGCGGACUCUCUGCCUCUUCCUCACCCCGGCUGAGAGGAAGUGCUCCCGCCUCUGCAAGGCUGACUCUUCUUUCAAAUACGACACGGGCCUGUUUGUUCAGGGUCUGCUCAAGGACUCCACAGGCAGCUUCGUCCUGCCCUUCCGCCAGGUGCUCUACUCCCCCUACCCGACCACGCACAUCGACGUCGACAUCAACACGGUCAAGCAGAUGCCGCCGUGCCACGAGCACACGUACAACCAGCGGCGCUACAUGCGGUCAGAGCUGAGCGCCCUCUGGAAGACGGACAGCGAGGAGGACAUACCCCCCGACACAGUCAUCCACACUGACGAGAGCUUCACACCUGACCUGAACAUAUUUCAAGACGUCAUGCAUAAAGACACUUUGGUGAGGUCAUUCAUAGAUGAGGUGUUCAUGCUGAAGCCGGGCCUGUCCCUGCGGAGCACCUAUCUGGCCCAGUUCCUGCUGCUGCUCCACAGGAAGGCCCUCACGCUGCUCAAGUACAUCGAGGACGAAACGCAAAAAGGGAAGAAGCCGUUUCGAUCCCUGCGCAACCUAAAGACCGACCUGGAUCUGACGGUGGAAGGAGACCUGUACAUCGUCAUGGCCUUCGCCGAGAAGCUGAGGGCGGGGCUGCACUCGUUCGUGUUCGGGAAGCCGUUCUACACCAGCAUGCAAGAACGAGACGUACUCAUGAGCUUCUGACUCACCUGCACUUUAUGCAUUGGACGGUUAAUGGAAACAGAUGUUGUAUUGUCUUUGUUUUAUUGUUACAUCAAUGCAUGCACACGUGUAUUAUUGAGACAACCAUUUAAAAGCCUGAUUGUUACUGCUUUACUGAAAUGAAAACAUUUUGCCUUCCUUUUGUGUCUUGAUCAAUUCAAGACGUGAUUUCAAAGACUGAUCGGUACUGCUGUUAUGAGCCAUUAGAAUUAAAGUUUUGAUAUAUCGCCUUGAUCAACUGUAAGCAUAAUGUGAUUUUAAUGUUUUGAGAAAUUAUUCUCUGCUGGAUGAAUUAUUCAUGUGUUCUAUGCCUUCUGUUAGAAGAGGGUCUGUAUUAAUUUAUGGCGUUAAAAUUGGCCGAGGUGCCCACCAGAAGAUUUGCAAUUUAAUUUAAAAAUGAUAUUUAUUAAAACAUGAGUUAUUAGUUUCUUCACUGCCUUUAUUAUACGAUAACCUCACAACCUUUUGAACUUGUCGCUUGCUUUUUUUUUUUUUUUUUAAUUCAAUUAGCUGAAUGUGAAUGGUGCAGAUCAACUGACAUUACCAAAAGGUUGUGAGUAAUCACGAAGAUUUCAUUAAAGAUAAACAGUAAAUGAAAUCUUAUCACAAUCCCUCCUGACAAAGCAGAUUUGUGUGUGCAGCUGGCAGCGAUUCUCAUCAUUAAAUGCAUUUACCCAGCUGUGCGUAAAACGGAUUUGCAUUUGAUUUUUUUUUCCCACCCACAGCAACAACCCAGUUAUGUGCUGUUAGGAUUAUCCAUCUUUAGUGGUGGUCUUAAAGUCAAGCAAUCUAGUUUAUAUGCCAUGAGUAUUACUUCCAGAGAUGCAAAAUGUCUUGACAUUGUAAUGUGUUGAGUUGAUAAUGUUGUGCCAUUCUCCAUUUCCUCUACAUUUACAUAUCAUUUUGAAUUCAGGACAUUUGCUCCCACUUGGAGAGACAGUCCAACCAUCAAAUGACAGACAUGUUCUCUAUAUUUAAUCACUUUGCUUCCUUCACUUUUACUUUAUUGAUGUUUUUAACGAUUAACUUUUGUCUACUCGAUAAAUAAUAAAGACUGUAAUAAGAAAUUGAA